AUUUGCUGGCCUCCUCCGAGACGAGUCGAGCGCCGUGAUUCCCACCUACGCGGCUCUCAUGAUGAUCGCGAGGCAUUUCAAAGACUACCACUUCUUCCUGCUCGAGAACGACUCCGAGGACGCCACUGCGCACUGGCUCCGGGUGGUCAGCAAGAAGGACCCCAAGUUCGAACACAAGUCUGAGAGGCUCAUGCUCGGCAACGAGAGGUCUACGGAGCGGGCCCGCUUCAAGCGGAUGGCCGAUCUGCGCAACAGACUUCGCGAUUGGAUCGAGAGUUUUGUGCGCCAGAACGCGGGUUGGGAUCUGAUUGUCAUGCUCGACAUCGACAUUUUCAAGGCGGGGCCGUUCGCUGUUUCGACACACUCGUUCUUCUCCGCAUUGGGCCGCCCAGAAACCUACGCGAACCAGUGGGACAUGCUGUGCUCCAACGGCAUUCAUUCCUUGAAAACAGGACACGACCAUUUUUCAAUGCAUGAUUGUUUCGCGUUCCGCACAGAGGGGAGCGACUGGUGGAAUGCGGAGAACUGCUCUUCGGAUAAAGAGGUGGGGCUGAAGUUGUGGCUCGGAUACGAUCUGGUCCCUGUGCACUCCUGCUUCGGAGGAAUGGCGUUCUACAAGCCCGACGCCCUGUUUAGGUGCCGCUACGACCCGGCCGUGUUCGACUGUGAGCACGUGACGCUGCACCAGUGCAUGCGUGAGCACGGAAGCGAAAACCGGAUGUUCAUGGACCAGCUGUUGACGGUGAAUUAUGACGCAUUCGUCCACCAGUCGUGCCUUCCGAGCCGUGGUGAUCUUUGAUUUCGACGGCUGGCAGGAUGACGGAGGAAAGGGAGCAGGAGGAGGAGGAGGAGGCGGGCGAGCGGAAGGAGGGAUGCCUGAGGGCGUUCUUUUUUGCCGUGAGCAGCUGUAGACCGGAGCAUCGCCCUGGCAGCCUGGCCCGGCCGCGCCCGCCAGGCGCGCGCAGCUUGAGCGCGCGCCCCUCAGCGCGCCUGCCGCCCGCGCCAUCGGAGCGGCCCGACGCAGAAGAGAGCGCGGCGCGCAGAGUGGACGACGGUGAUGGUGGUGAUGAC